AUGUCGAAUAAUAAUAAUACUACGGAAAAUAAUUCAAUGCCAUCAGUUGAACACACAAUUGUUACGAUAAAUCAACAAACAGAAAUACCAGCAACAAUACAGCCAGCACCAUUAGAUGAACCACCACCUGCUUAUGAAAUAACUUCAUCUCCAAAUAAUCAUGAGACUGUACAUGUUGCUGAUGCGUCUACAACUGUUGAAGCGCCACCACCUUAUUGUCUUGUUGAUCCCAGUAAAAUACGUAAUAUGGAUCAUAUACCACAUCAUCCUCAUAUAACACCAGUCGAAAUUAUUGAUCUUAAUGUCAAUAAUAAUACUAGAAAUGAACAAUCAUGUCGUCAUAAUAAUCGUCCAACCGUAGCUACGUGGUUCGUAUCUGGUUCAAAUAUGGACAUUGGUACAGAUUGUACAUUUCUGAUGGCAUUUAUUAUUGCUUUCUUUUUCAAUUGGCUUGGUUUUCUUGCUGUUGUUUGUCUUAUACCAACAAUUGCUGCUCGUUUUGGUGCCAUGUCUGGUUUUGGUUUAAGUGUUGCUAAAUGGAUAACUGUAAUGCGUUAUCAUGAAUUUAAUAAUACAUCGUUUAUGAAUCAUAAUAUGCCAUCAACAUUAUCACAUAGAACAUCAGUUUAUGAUCCAGCACAAAAUUUUCUUUUUGCUAUUGUUUUAUUUGCUGGAUUUUUUCUUUUUAUUCGUGGUUUAUUAUCAUAUAUAGCAAUUAAAAAUCGUGCUAAUCAACAAGGACAAACAGCUGGAGUUUUUACUUGGUACUAA